AUGGAGCAAUGCUAUUCUCCUAACCACACCAUGCCAAGCAGGGGAGAAAUAACGUCACAACGAAAGAAACCUCGGAUCAUUGUAUUUGACCGGUCAUCUGGUACCUAUUCAUCAUGGCUAUUGGUCAUCACGGCAGCAGUCUUGUACAAUCUGUAUCUUAUCAUUGCUCGUGCAUCCUUUGUUGAACUUCAAAUCAAGUAUCGAACACUGUGGUUUAGCCUUGACUAUAUUUGCGAUUUCAUCUACAUUUUGGAUAUCUGCGUUCAGUUCAGGACAGGUUACUUGGAGCAGGGUUUACUCGUAGUGGACUCAACCAAGCUGAGAAUAAACUAUAUGCGGACCCGGAGGUGGACAUUCUACCUCGAUGUUCUCUCCAUGCUCCCUCUUGAUCUGCUAUACAUACGAGUAGGGACAAUCUAUGCCAUCGUCAGGAUACCUAGAUUAUUAAGGUUCCACAGAGCCAUGGAGUUCUUUGAACGCACUGAAACCAUCACCAAUUACCCGAACAUUGUCCGAGUGGUAAACCUCAUCAUAUACAUCAUCGUCAUCAUACACUGGAAUGCCUGUAUUUACUUCUCGAUAUCAAAAGCCAUCGGAUUGGGUGUCGAUGAAUGGGUUUAUAAUGAUAAUUUUAUGAUUGAGUUACCAAAUGGAACGCUUAUACCUACAGACUCACUGGUCAGGAGAUAUAUUUACAGUUUGUACUGGUCUACGUUAACGCUUACUACCAUAGGAGAGACACCGAAACCGGUAACAGACGCAGAGCAUCUUUUUGUUGUGGUCGAUUUCUUGGUGGGAGUCCUCAUCUUUGCUACUAUUGUCGGUAAUGUUGGCUCCAUGAUUAGUCAUAUGAAUGCAAGUAAGGCAGACUUUCAGAAUCGCAUUGAUGGUGUGAAGCAUUACAUGAGCCUAAGGAAGGUCAGCAAAGAACUCGAGCAACGGAUCAUCAAAUGGUUCGACUAUAUAUGGUCUAACAAAAAGACUCUGGACGAAGAAGCAAUACUUAACACGUUACCAGAAAAACUGAGGGCUGAAAUCGCAAUACACGUUCACAUGGACACGUUACGACGAGUUACCAUUUUUUCUGAUUGCGAACCAGGACUUCUGGUAGAGCUGGUCCUCAAACUUAAACCUCAGGUCUUUAGUCCAGGAGAUUUCGUCUGUCGGAAAGGAGACAUCGGACGAGAAAUGUACAUCGUGAAGCAGGGUAAACUUCAGGUGGUCAGCGAGGAUGGUAAGACGGUUUAUGCUACCCUGAGUGAUGGAAGUUAUUUUGGUGAGAUCAGCAUUCUGAAUGUUCCUGGUAGCUUAUCGGGCAACCGCCGGACGGCCAAUGUACGAAGUGUAGGUUAUUCGGAUGUGUUCUGUCUGUCAAAGGACGAUCUUCUAGAUGCCCUCAAGGAAUAUCCUGAAGCAAGGGUUAUUCUUGAAGAAAGAGGGCGCACUAUCUUAAUGAAAGACGGUUUGAUUGAUGAGGAAGCUGCGAAGAGAGGUGGUCGCACUGCAGAGCAGGUCGAACAGCUUGAGAAACUGGAUCGCUUAGAUGGGAAUUUGAAUCACUUACAAACACGGUUCUCUCGACUUCUUCAGGAAUAUAGCAAUUCACAAAUGAAACUGAAGCAAAGAUUGACAAGGUUAGAGAAGAAGAUGAAAUCAGUGAAAAGCUCACAUUCCAAUAAUGAAGCGACACCAAGGUCAGGGUUGGACACUGAAAUCGACACACAUAGAGAUUACGUGUCAUGAUACACCUAUCAGUUAUUAGCAUUGAAUAUUGAUUUAUGCUUUCGAUUAUAUACUAUACUGGAAUAGUUAUCAAGACAACUACCAACAAAUUUAGUUUAUCAAUAAUACAUUCAAACUUUCUUUGCAAUGAUUUCAUGCUUCUAUAUUGUUUAAAGUUGUAUUUUUGCAUGCAAUAUUUUUAAAUUGUUGAUAACAAUUGGUUCUUAUUUCCGAUAUGCUUUCUUGUGAUAGGAUAAAAUACACCAAUGUGUGUACUUUAGGAAGAUCAAAAUGACUGAAUUAUUUUUGUAGAAAAGACUCGACACUGAUCACAUUAGUAUGAUUAUGUAAAAUAAUGUUUUUGUAAUAUUCAGUGAUCACUUUUCUUGUAGUUGAUCAUUCCAUGUUUGAUGGUUUGAUCUAAAUAUAGAGCAUCAUUUUAUCGACAAUCAUAUAGAUCGAACAAAUUUUCUGAUCAAGUUUUUGAUAGUAUCACGUGCGGACAAAUUUUGCAAAGAGAUGAUCAAAACAAUAUUGGGUACUACGAUUUAUAUCAUAAAAAUCUUAUGUACAGCAAGUUUAUAAAUUAUUGAUGUUAUGAUCUAUUUUUAAUACUACGAACAAAAAUUAUCAAACGGAACAAAGUAUAACUUGCAAUUUUUGUAUAUUUCUAUGUUAUAGUGUGCAGUGAAUCCUGGCUAAAUACAAAUCGAGCUACAUAAACUUUUGAAGAUUUUGUUUUUCUAAAGCCACGCUAUGUUUUGCAGUAAGCAUGUUUAACAAAGGUACAAAGAUACGACAUGUUCUUAUUGAUUUAAUCCAUUUUAUCCUUUUCCUUGUGACAUUCAUAUUAAAUUAAACUAGUCAGAUUUUAGCUUCUGUGUGACCGAGGAGUGAAACCAAUCGUCUGUUAUAUUAAUCUAUAAAAAAAACAAGCGCUUGGUAAAGUUUGACCAACAUAGCAGAAAGAAACGAAGAAACAACCCAAAGUUGUGUGGGAAAAAAAGUUGAGGUGAUUUCUGAUUUUUGUUUUUACAUCUUCGGUUUGAAUAACAAAAAAGAUAUCUAUUCAUUUUAUGAAAAUAAUUUGUACUCUUGGAAACUUUUGUCGCUUUAUGUUCUCAACGUAAAACAAUAAUACACCUUUUGGGGAAGUCAUGCUUCUACAUUUAUGAAUUUAACAUUAACGGAAAAGAAUGUUGAUAAUCAUAAGAAUGAAAAGUACUUUUCAUUUAAGUUAGCUUAAAAUCAAAUAAUCUGCUUUCAAUUUCUCAUGAAUUAGUAUCAGAAAAUAUUAUCAACACUCGCUUUAAGCAUUAUGAAAGCAAAUGCAGUGAACCUGUUUCUUAAGGCUCAAUUUUUUUUUUUUCGAAAGUAAAUUAUGUAUCUUAAUUUGUCUUUCUUACAGUUGGUUAUUCGUCAAAGUUUUAUAUAUUACUUUUCAGAUAGAAAAAUAUGUUAGUUAUUGGUAAUUCUAGAAACGUGUACGUCGAGAAGUGUCUAUUUAUAUCCUGUUAAAAGCGUAAGUUGUUCUUUUGAAUUAUGCAUAUAAUGUUAAUUGAGUGUCUCUUAUUCUACAUUUAAAAUAAAUUCAUAUGUAUAUUUUGAAUGUUUUUAUGUUAGGUGCAGAAGAUAAUAUGUAUUAAAUCCUCAUUGAACUUUAUUUGAUAUUUAAUAAUUGAAUUGAAUUGAAAACAUGACAGUGAAAUUAUUUUAUUAAGGUAAUUAAAAAUAAGUGAGGUAGCUUCCCAUAUUAGAAAGUAAUUAUUAAAGAUGCUAAAAUGUAAAAAAAUACAACAUUUGUAUCGUGUAUACGCAAUUCAUUCCUUAUAAUUAUGCAAAUUGCAAAAAAAAUGCAAAUAUCAUCUUAGGCUUUAUAUGCAAAACAAAAUAGAGCUUCUGAAAAAUGAAAUGUCUUGGCAGGCCGUCUCUAUUACAGGAUUCGAAUAUAUAUUGCUUGACGAAAUCAUUGUUUUGUGAUAUCAAGUCUCUUUUAAAUUACUCAAUUCAUUAAGAAUACUGAAGCGAGAGAAAAAAAAAUCUUCAAAGACUUGGACCGACUUUGCAGAACCAGUGUUUCCGGGCAGUGUUUAUAUUGUUUUUAUGUAAACAGAAAUCAUUUCUGGGAAGAAAAGAGUUUGAUAAAACACCAUUUUGUCAGAGUAUCAAUAUCAAAAUGUUAUGACGUGUGUGAACACGAGAAGAAGGGGAGGGGGGGAGCAACCACUUGCAAGUACUUGACUGAUUAUUUCUUGUAAUUUUCUUGUAAUUUGCUUCUAUCGGGGGGGGGGGGGGUCUCUGGAGAUAAAGAUGGGGCGAAGGAAUAGGGGGAACUAGAAGUCUACUGUCAAAUCCAAUUCUCCAAAAGUCUGGAAAUUUAGAUUUUGCAUUCAUACGGAAAUGCUUUGUGCGA